AACUUUCAGGUACAUACUGUCCAGUCCGAUGUCCAUAGCAGAGCGCUGGUGAGAGAACCCUGCUGGUUCCCUGAGCCAUUGGCCAAUCGGAGAGCUCACCUGCACCGCCAAUGGGGGCAGAUCAGAACCCCUGUCGAACCCUUGCCUGGAUCCACCCAGUUUUUUUGAGCUGCCUCCCGCAGCGCGACCGCACGUCUGAUCCAUCGUCCCGAGGUCGGUCGCCAAUUCCCCACCACAGCAGCAGAACCUCGACACUCAACAUGAUCGGACCACGGGGGCUCGCGGCCGCCCUCCGGCCCUGUGUGUGUGGCCGACCUAGCACUCCGUUCAUUCUACAACGAGGCAGCCCACUGCGCAGCCUGCUAGUGCGAACACUGCGAGCCCCAUACUCUUCAGACGCCGCCGCUUCACCUCCAGCGGCAACAAGAGCCCCGAAGACGGUUGAGAUCAACGGCAAGACUUAUGCGACGGAUCCAUGGUUCAACAUCUCCCCCACCGUCCUCUCCUUGACGUCGCGGAAACUGCACCUCCAAAAAGACCACCCCGUGGCAAUCACGCGGAAGAUCAUAGAGUCGGUCUUUCCUGGCCCGACUUACCAGUACUACAACGAGAUUGACCCGGUCGUCUCCACGCACGAGAACUUCGACUCGCUGGGCUUCCCCCCGGACCAUCCGGGCCGCGCCCGCUCCGACACAUACUACAUCAACAAGGACACCCUUCUACGGACCCACACCAGCGCCCAUGAGGUCGAGCUCUUCCGCACAGCCCAGAGCGGCGGCUUCCUGAUCAGCGCCGAUGUCUACCGCCGCGACGAGGUGGACCGCAGUCACUACCCGGUCUUCCACCAGAUGGAGGGCGCGCGCUUCUGGGACAGGAACAAGGUGCCCAACGGCGACCUGGCUGCGGCCGUCCGCGAGGACCUGGCCCGGCUGCCUACGCACAACAUGCAGGUCGAAGACCCCAACCCGCCCUUCCACCCGGACCGCAACCCGCUCCAGGCCGAGCACCACACUGCCGAGGAAGCCUCGGCCGUCGCCGCCCACCUCAAACGCUCCCUCGAGCUGAUGGUCAACGAGAUCUUUUCCCGCGCCAAGGCCGCCGCCGCGGCCGCUAAAGCGCAACAAGGACAAACACCGGCUGCCGAAUCCGAAGCCGACUCCGAACCGCUGCGCGUCCGCUGGGUAGAGGCCUACUUCCCCUUCACCUCGCCCUCCUGGGAGCUCGAGGUCUUCCACGAGGGCGCCUGGCUCGAGGUGCUGGGGUGCGGGGUCAGCAAGCAGGCGCUGCACGCGCAGGCGGGCGCGCCGUCGCAGGUCGGGUGGGCGUUCGGUAUCGGCCUGGAGCGCGUGGCGAUGCUGCUGUUCCGGAUCCCGGACAUCCGGCUGUUCUGGUCGCGCGACGAGCGCUUCCUCGGCCAGUUCCGCGGCGCCGGGGACGACUGGUCCCGCAUCCGCCCCUUCGUGCCCUUCAGCAAGCACCCGCCCUGCUGGAAGGACGUCUCGUUCUGGCUGCGCGGCGCGUCCGCCGCCGGCGGCAACGUGAAGGGCGUCGCCGGCGCCGACUGGCAUGUCAACGACCUCAUGGAGGUCGUGCGCGACGUCGCGGGCGAUAGCGUGGAGGAUGUCAGGCUCGUCGACGAGUUCACCCAUCCGGCCACCGGCAGGCGGAGUUUGUGCUACCGCAUCAACUACCGCAGUCUGGAGAGGACGCUGACGAAUGCGGAGACGAAUGCGAUGCACGAGCGGGUGGUCAGGGAGUUGGCCGAGCGGUUGGGGGUGGAGAUCAGGUAGUUUCGAGUUGGCCCAAACCGCGUGAGCGCUUGCGAUGCGCCGGUCGACAUCCGGGUGGCUAUGGACGGCCGGCCGGCCGGAAGGUCUGUCCGGUCUAGUCCAGCCUCGCUUCUCUACUCUUUUUCUCUCCUCCCCUCUCACCGCUGCGGACGCUGCUGCAUCUGAGACGUGGCCUUGUCCGCUGUUGUGGACAGAUCCGACUGGAGGAGGACCAACCCCCAAUAGUCAACUGCUCAGCCACGCCUGGUGAGACGCUGGUGAGGGGAAAGCUUUUUCUUCGCCCCAGCCUUGGCGUCCUGUCGGUCUGGCGGUCGGGAAACCGGAUUAGAGGGGUUCAAGCCAUGCUGCGCCUGCUGUGUACGGAUACUACGGA